AUGUUCACCAAGAUACUUGCUUCUGUACUAGCCCUAGCAGCAACGGUGUCGGCCGAGGGCGCACCGGCCUACGGGGGCUUCAGGACCGUCUGGGUAGACACCUUCGACGGGCCGGCAGGUUCUGCGGUCAACAGCAACAACUGGAACGUCAUAACAGGCCUCAAGGUCAACAACGAGUGGCAGGACUACACCACCUCCUCGCAGAACCUCCAGAUCAGCGGCGGCGCCACGGUGCAGAUCGUGCCCCAGAAGGACAGCAGCGGCAAGUGGACGUCGGCGCGCAUCGAGUCCAAGUACAAGUUCACGCCGCCGGCGGGCACGCAGACGAUGGUGGAGGCGAAGCUGCGGUUCGGCGACAACAGCAUCGCGAACAAGCAGGGGCUCUGGCCGGCGUUCUGGCUGCUGGGCGACUCGAUCCACAACGGGGUGGGAUGGCCGACGUGCGGCGAGCUCGACGCCAUGGAGACCGUCAACGGGCAGCUGACGGGCUACGGCACGGUGCACUGCGACGUGUACCCGGGCGGCGUCUGCAACGAGUCCAACGGCAUCGGCGGCACCGUCAGCAUCCCCGACCAGAGCUGGCACAACUGGCGCAUCGUCUGGGACCGCCGCGCGAGCACCUGGACCGGCGAGACUAUCACCUGGUACAUGGACGGCAAGCAGUUCCACCAGAUCUCCGGCGCGCGCAUCAACAACCAGAACGUCUGGAACUCGCUUGCCAACUCGCCCUUCUUCUUCAUUCUUAAUGUGGCCGUUGGUGGUGACUGGCCCGGCGCACCGAACAGUGCUACUCUGGGCGGAUGGGGCAGCAUGAUGGAGGUCGCGUACGUCGCGCACUACAUCGCAAACUAA